GGCAUUUGGAUCAUUUAGACCUUCUUUCAGAUUUCUGGUACUUUUUUCCAUUGACAAGCUAGAAAAUUUCCUUUGGUUUUCCCCAGUGCCAUGAAUGCUGAUGAUGAUGCUAAGUGGUUGGAGUGGGUGUCGCACCAGUUUGAAAUCAUUGCUGGAGAAGAUCGGGAGAUUGACCUGCAAGAGUUUAAAUCAGCAUUGAAAGUGAAAGAGUCCUUCUUCGCAGAGAGGUUUUUUACCUUGUUUGACUCUGAUGGAAACGGUACUAUCACUCUGCAAGAGCUUCUAGGGGCUCUGAAUCUGCUCGUCCAUGGGAAUACAAUGGACAAACUCAAAUUCCUCUUCCAUGUAUAUGACGUGGAUGGCAGUGGAUCCAUUGAUCCAGAUGAGCUUCGCACAGUGUUGCAGUCUUGUCUGAAGGAGAGUGCCAUCUCCUUGCCAGAGGAGAAGCUGGAUGACCUCACUCUGGCCCUUUUUGAAUCAGCUGACAAAGACCAUGAUGGCUCUAUCACCUUUGAGGAGCUCCAGGAGGAAUUAACCAAUUUUCCUGAAGUCAUUGAAAAUUUAACCAUCAGUGCAGCCAAUUGGCUGAAGCCUCCGUCCUCCAAGAAAAGGCCACAGAUGCCUCGCCACUUGACCUCAGCAUACUGGCAUAACAACAGUGGCAAGCUGGCUGUUCUGUCAGCCUAUAUUGGGCUCAACAUACUGCUCUUCACUCUGGCAGCCCUGAAGCACCAAUCGUUCGGAGUCAGCAUCAUGGUUGCCAAAGGCUGUGGCCAAUGUCUGAACUUCAACUGCAGUUUCAUUGUGGUUUUGAUGCUGCGGCGUUGUCUCACAUGGCUGAGGGCCACAUGGUUGGCCAGAGUUUUUCCACUGGACCAGAAUGUUGAAUUCCACCAGCUCAUUGGCUACGUGGUAGUUGGAUUUACACUCAUACAUACCAUUGCCCAUGUGGUCAACUUUGUGCGCCUGGCUCAAUUAGUGGACAAUCCCUUCCAAUUCUGGGAAUAUCUCCUCACCACCCGGCCUGGCAUUGGCUGGGUCCGUGGCACAGCUUCCCUCACAGGCAUUGUUCUGCAGCUUCUCAUCCUCAUCAUGCUUGUAUGUUCCUGCUCCUUUGUCCGGAGGAGUGGGCACUUUGAGGUAUUCUACUGGACCCACCUAUCCUACAUUCCUAUCUGGAUGCUGCUCAUCAUACAUGGACCCAAUUUCUGGAAGUGGCUGCUGGUCCCUGGUCUCUUAUUCUUCCUGGAAAAAGUUGUGGGGCUGGUGCUGUCCCACAUGGCAGCCCUAAGUAUUGUGGAAGCCAACCUCCUUUCCUCCAAGGUCACUCACCUUGUGAUUAAGCGGCCUUCUUUUUUCAGCUAUAAGCCUGGAGACUACGUGUAUUUGAACAUCCCAGCUAUUGCCAAGUAUGAAUGGCACCCUUUCACCAUCAGCAGUGCUCCAGAGCAGGAAGAUACCAUCUGGUUGCAUGUCAGAUCUCAGGGACAAUGGACAAAUAGAGUGUAUGACUACUUCAAGGCUUCUGAUCCCAUUUGUUUUGGUACCAAGAGACUGACCCAGAACCUGAAGCUCAGAAGAAGUCAGAGGAUGCCCCAGGAAACCAAGACCCACAUCUUAAAUACUUGUUCUGCUGGUACAACUCAAGGAAUACUGGCCUCUAACGUGGAGAAAACAGUGGAACUGAUGUCCUACAAUCCUGAGAAACUGACCCAGAAAAAGGAAGAAGACCUUACUGAUUGUGGAAAAGAGAGAGAAGAGAAGCCUCAGCCAAGACGUGUCUUAACUCUGUUAAAUGAAAACCAACGAUUAUGUAACAUCAAGUGCUACCUGGAUGGUCCCUAUGGGACUCCAACCCGACGGAUCUUUGCUUCUGAACAUGCAGUGUUGAUUGGGGCUGGUAUCGGCAUUACUCCUUUUGCCUCCAUUCUGCAGAGCAUCAUGUACAGGUACCAAAAGAGAAAACAAAAUUGUCCCAACUGCCAUUAUUCGUGGUGUGAAGAUGUCAAGGAUGAUGAGAUGAAGCUGAAGAAGGUGGAUUUCAUUUGGAUCAACCGGGACCAGAGGUCAUUUGAAUGGUUUGUGAGUUUGCUGACCAAGCUUGAGAUGGAUCAGGUCAAAGAGGAGCCAGGAGGCCAUUUCUUGGAGUUGCACAUGUACAUGACUUCAGCCCUGGGCAAGAAUGACAUGAAGGCCAUUGGUCUACAGAUGGCACUUGACCUCCUUGCCAAGAAAGAAAACAAAGACUCCAUCACUGGGCUGAAGACAAGGACCCAGCCAGGGAGACCAGACUGGAACAAAGUGUUCCAAAAGUUGGCUGCUGAAAACAAGGGCCAAGUCCAGGUCUUCUUCUGUGGAUCUCCAGCUCUGGCCAAGGUGCUGAAGAGUCACUGUGAACUGCUCAACUUCAGAUUUUUCAAAGAGAAUUUCUAAUCUCCUACCCUGCCAGCUCUUUCUUCCUAGGAUUUGGAAAACUGCCAUUUCUGGAGGCAUAAUUUAAUAGCGAUUUAUUGUUAUUAUUGCAUGUCAAAACCUGUUAUUCUGAUCAAACUUAAGGUCACAUAGACUACUUUAAAGGACAAAGAUAAGAGCAGAGGUAUUAAUGCUCAUCUCCAAAAUUUAUGUUGUCCUGAUGGAACUGAAGAGACCAAUGCCAGAUGGAUAUCCUUUGAUACACAAUGUGGGAAAAAACAUAUUCUUGAAUGUUUGUAUUCUAGAACUUCGAAGGGCUAUGAUAUUUGUUUCUUAACCAUCUCAGGCUGAAGGCUAGCUGGGAUGAGAAGAUUAUAUGUGCAAGCAGAAUAACCUAAAUCUGAGUCUCUCAUUAUAAAACAGUGAAUCUCUCUUACAGGAUAUUGUGAGAAUCAGAUGGGAUAUCAGAAAGCUCUUUGCAAAACCCAAAACAUUAUAGUCACCUCUCUUUUUAUCUUACUGAUUGGAAAACUCAAAACAACACUUGAAAGCAUUCUCAGAAGAUCAAAAUUUGAAGGUUUUUUCUGGAAUUCUCUUCCUUGGGAUUUUCAGAUAUGUGAAAGAGUCCCUAGGAGAAAAUUUCAGCAGGAAGAGCUCAUCCACAGUAUUUAACACACAUAUACACACACUUUUACAUUUUUUUCCUUUUUUUUUAGAGGAUCUAUGAUUUAAAUGGGGUUAGAAAGUUCUCCAUGAGGAAACUCCCCUAUUAAUGCAGUUCAGAAACUAUUUAGUGACCUAGAGUCUUAGAGGGCUCCGUAGGGCUGUAGAAGUCACAAGCAUGUCAUCUAUGUGAUUCUGAGGUGAGAUUUGAACCUAGGUUGUCUUGACUCUCUUAUUUAUUUUAUCAUGCUUUCUAC